UAAGUAGCUGCAAGUUAUCAAUAUUCACACGUCAGUUUUUGAAUCUCUUGGAAAUGCUGCGACAUUUGUUUAUAUUUUUAUUGCUGGCCUUCGUCCAGCUUGGGGAAUUGAAAGGAGAGCAGACCGCCGAGGAGGAGCAGGGAGUGCGUUAUGCGAAUCGCUGCGAGGCCUGCAAGAUUCUUGCCGCCGAAUUGGAGGCGCGUCUGGGAGAAACCGGCAAAUCGCACGAUGUGAUUGAGAUUGGGUACUCCGUGGACGACGUGCGUCCAAAGAAGCGCACCGAGUACAGACGGAGUGAACUGCGUCUCCUGGAGUCACUGGAAAACGUUUGCGAGCGUGUGCUGGAAUAUAAUCUGCACAAGGAGCGCACGGACAGCACCAGAUUCGCCAAGGGAAUGUCACAGACAUUCCAGACGCUGCACGGACUAGUGGACAAGGGCGUCAAGGUGGAUCUGGGCAUUCCCUACGAGCUGUGGGACAAGCCCCCCGUGGAGGUCACCCAAAUGAAGAACCAAUGCGAAAACAUGCUCGAGGAAUACGAGGAUGCCAUCAGCGAUUGGUACUUUAAGCUGCAGCAAGAGAAAUCCCUGCAACAGCAUCUGUGCGAGGAGCACGUGCUGAAACUGCAGCAGGAGCGGGAAUGCCUCAAGGAGCAGCUGAUACAGGAAACAACAAAGAAGCCAAAGAAAAAGACCAAGGGAGACAAGGAGGAGCUCUAAUCACCUGGAGAAGAGAAACUAAUUGUAUCUCAAGAGAUUCGACCUUGGCGUCUAGUUAAGAACUAGUUUUAGGAUCAAAGUGCAUUUAGGUUAGGCAAAAACUUACCGUCUGUUCUCCAAAACACUUCCAAAGUGACUGAAUCAUGUCCUGAAUAAUGUUACUGCAAAACGGCUAAAAAAUAUCGAUUACACUACGCAA